CUGGUCACAGGAGGGACGUAGAGCGGACCAGCACAAACCCCCUUGACGCUUUCGUUCACUCCCAGAGUCAGUCUGCACUAAAAAUGGUGCUCCACUUCCAGAAAGCCGUGUAUUUCGCGGUUCUGGUCGUCGUUGUCGCGUCCAACGCGCCCGUGUCGCCGUCGCUGGACGACAUCGCGAUAGAGAAAACUUUCGUCCCGGAGGAGUGCGUGCGCGCUGUUAAAGUUGGCGACUACGUCAGGUACCACUACAUUGGCACGUUCCCAGAUGGAAAGAAGUUCGAUUCCAGUUAUGAUCGAGGCACCACCUAUAAUGUGUUUGUUGGCAAGAAGCAGCUGAUUGAAGGAAUGGACAAAGCUUUAGUAGGGAUGUGUGUGAACGAGAGGCAGCUGGUGAAGAUCCCUCCUCAUCUGGCCUAUGGAAAACAGGGAUAUGGUGAUCUCAUCCCUCCUGACUCUAUCCUCCAUUUUGAUGUUCUUCUGCUCGAUGUGUGGAAUCCUGAGGAUGGUGUUCAGAUCAAAACCUACCACACACCGACCGUAUGCUCCAGAAAAGUCGAGGUCUCUGACUAUGUCCGCUACCACUACAAUGGCACGCUGCUGGAUGGGACUCUCUUUGACUCAAGCCACACUCGCAUGCGCACCUACAACACAUACGUGGGUAUCGGGUGGCUGAUCGCAGGCAUGGAUCAAGGUCUGUUGGGAAUGUGUGUUGGAGAGAAACGCAUCAUCACAAUGCCGCCGUCACUUGGAUAUGGAGAGAAUGGAGAUGGCAGUGACAUCCCUGCACAGGCCUCACUUGUGUUUGACGUGGUUCUCUUGGACCUCCACAACACCAAGGACGGCAUCUCUAUCAGCAACCAGGUUGUGCCCGAGUCCUGUGUGAGGAAGAGUGUUUCGGGAGACUUUAUGCGAUACCAUUACAAUGGCAGUCUUCUUGAUGGAACAUUCUUUGAUUCCAGCUACUCUCGUAAUCACACCUACGACACCUACGUUGGGAUGGGAUACGUCAUCGCUGGCAUGGAUGAAGGUCUUAUUGGAGUCUGCAUUGGAGAGAGACGCACCAUCACCAUCCCACCCCAUUUAGGCUACGGAGAGGAAGGCACAGGUUCCAAGAUCCCAGGAUCUGCUGUCCUGGUGUUUGACGUCCACAUCAUCGACUUUCACAACCCCUCGGACAACACGGAGAUCAAAGUCACCUUCAAACCUGAAGUUUGUGAAAAGCAAACAAAGAAAGGCGACUUUGUAAAGUAUCACUACAAUGCCACGCUGAUGGACGGCACAUUAAUCGAUUCAACGCACAAUUAUGGUAAGACAUACAACAUUGUCCUGGGAGCAAAUCAAGUUGUUCCGGGGAUGGAGGACGGACUGAUGGACAUGUGUGUGGGAGAAAGGAGACACGUCAUUGUCCCGCCUCACCUCGGUUAUGGAGAGAGAGGCGUCACCAAUGAGGUACCAGGAAGUGCUGUGCUGGUGUUUGAUAUUGAGCUGGAGGACAUGGAGGAAGGACUUCCUGAAGGCUACAUGUUCAUUUGGAAUGACGAGGUGUCGCCUGACCUGUUCACAGAGAUGGACAUGGAUCAGAACAAGGAGGUGGAGCCUUCAGAGUUCACUGACUACAUUAUACGACAAGUCAACGAGGGAAAAGGUCGUCUGGCCCCCGGAUUCGAUCCUUAUCGCAUCAUCGAAAACAUGUUCUCCAACCAGGACCGCAAUGGAGAUGGCAAGAUAACGUUAGCCGAGUUCAAACUGAAGGCAGAUGAAGCUCACGACGAGCUAUGAUGAGACUGUGAAAGGGUCGGACAGAUUGUGAGUUGGGUUGUCUGCGUGUGGUAGUAGUUGUUUUUUUUAGUGUUUAGUUCGGAGGAUAACCUUAGGUGACACCACCCUCUUCCAGGCCGAACGAUUGCGUCCACAAAUCCAUGUAUCGAGAAUUUAUGAUGGUCUCACCCCAAUAAAAGUCACAUGGAACAGUGCGGUCAGUGUCCGGGCGUGACAAGUCCCCCCCCCCAUAAAAAAAAAAAAAGAAAUGUUUAGUAUUUCCAGAGAAAAAAACAGUGAAAAUAUGUGAGAAAUGACAGUUAUAAUUAUGUAAAUUAUUUGACUUUUGAGCAUGUUGACCUUUUCAGGUGCAAGUGGGAGCUUAGUGAAUAAAGAGCGCUUGUUCAAUGUUCAGACAAUAUUUCAUUGUUUAUUCCAACCUUGACCGUUUUGCUGCUCAAAAUCUGAUUGAUCACACUCCAGGAUUCUUCUGGGUGCAGUUUUUUUUUACUUGUGUUUGAGUGAUGUGACAAAAGUGUGUAUGCUGAUGCUAUUUUUCCAUUACAUUCAGGUAAAAUGUUUCUAUUUUAUUGUCAGAAUGUGGAGAUAAUAAAUGACCUGACCUCAGGAUUAGCUCGGACAGUGCACCUGUGUCUUCUGUGUAUCUCAUCCAUCGCCUUCUGUCUGUCUGCUGUUGUCACGUGUUGUUGUAAUGAAAAAUAUAUUAUUAAAUUGUGCACUACACUUUGUUUGAACCUCAUGGAUUUCAUAGGUAGAAGACCUCAGGAACCAUCUUGUUUCCUUGAACUUACAGAUGCAAUGCUCAAGGGAUUUCUUGCCUCCCUGUCCUUGGAGAUGGCUUGUACCAAAACACGCUAUCUUCUUUUGUCUCCCGGACACUGAUUUAUCACGACUCCAAGGUCUUCACAUUAUGUAUCGAGCAAGUGUUUAGAUACAACUCUGUGCGGACAUGGUACACUUGUCUGUUCAUGCCAGCAAUAAAAA